AUAUAGUGCGUUUUUUGUUGUUGUUUUAUGUUAGAUUUAGCCUAUAUUCUAACUUUGUCAUAGAUAUUCUGUUGAAAAUUGUCAAGAUUAAAGAAGAAAUGAAAGCGUUGGAGUGGUAACAAUGUGAAAUAUAACAGAUAUUGUAAUUCAAGGACAGAUAACUCUUGACAUAUUGCUUAGGGUAUGUGGAUGCUAGAGUGGUUUCAAGCUAAAUUUGGACUGACAGACAGACAGACAGGCGCAUACUCAGGUGAGCUGAAAUUAACACACAAAAACACCUGGUAAUAACUGGUGAAAAUUAACGAAAAUUAUAUAAACUUUAAAAUAUGGACGUUAUGCGGCAGGACCAUGCCUUUUUGCCGCAAAAUGUACGUCAGAAAAAUGUGGACGAUAUGCGCCGCAAAACGUCCAUAUACGUACGUUUUGCGGUACGGACGUUUUGCGGUGUUACAAAGCAUUAACAUAGAAUUAUGCUAUAGAUAUAUCACAUCACGACGUCACAUAAUCAUGUUUCAAAUGUUUUCAACAGUUAGAUGACGUCACAUAACGACGUCAUUUGACAACGUCUCCUAGCAAUACCAGAAUGAGGACUGAAAGAGAUCCAUGAUGGGCGCUGCAAUUUGCCAUUAGCUGAAAUGUCCUCGCAUAAGGUGAGAGUCAUAAGAGUUGAGCCCUCAGAUGGUACGGGAUCUUUACCCCCAGUAAGGGCAGAUACAAAGAAACUUUAUGGAACAACAGAUUAUGUUGGCAAAUAAAAGAAGUCAAAUAUUUACGUACAAGGGGCCAGAAAAGACCCGAAGUCGUUCUGUACCCGACAGAGGAUUUAAAGAGGUUCAAGUUACGCAUGCACGGGAACAGAGUUUACCUAGAGAAUUUUUUCGCGAUGAUUUUUACGAUUCAAGUGACGAAGAAUUAGAAGAGGAGGAAGUCAAGUUAACAAAUACACCAAAGCAGGAAGCAGAACAACUGGCAGUUGAUAUAAGUAUGAGUUUAGAAGACAAAGAGGAAAAUCAUAGAGAAUCAAUGGAUGUAUCAGCCAAUAAAGGGGUAGUUUGUACAGACACGAAAAUGAAAUACGAGGCGGGAAAUAAGGAAAAUGAAGACCUUGAUAAAAAAGAUCAAGAUGUAAAAGCAGAAAAGGAUAACAUUGCGAACGAAUCUGACCAGGAAAAUGACAAGAAAAAGAAGAAAAAGAAGAUGAAGCUUUCAAGUUGUUUUGGUUUCAUUUCAACUUGGAUAGCCAAAAGGAAGGAGAAAAGACGUCAAAAGAAAAAGAAGGCUAUAGCUAGCCGCGCCCCCACACCAACGCUAUUUCAAUAUGAGCAUAGAAAAUCCCGUGGCGGAGAGUCUUUUACCAUUGAGGUAGACUGCAAACCGAUAGUGAUGAAGCCGAUAUUGCCGCCAAUAAAGACAGCUGACGGGCCUAUACGCCUAGCAUGUGAGGCUCGGCAAGAGAAAGCCGAGGCCAAAAGAAAUGAGGAGUUAUCUAAAAAGAAAAUACUGGCAAGAGAGCACCAGAGAAAAAAAUACUAUAUCAAUUACAUCACACCAGAAACUAUAUCAUUUACAUCACACCAGAAACUACAUCAAUUACAUCACACCAGAAACUAUAUCAUUAACAUCAUACCAGAUACUGUAUCAUUUACAUCACACCAGAUACUAUAUCAUUAA